UGGAGCUGAAGUGUCCUGUUACGUCAUCAGCCGUCACCUCGCCGUGAUUUGUGUAUUAGUCGACCGCGGAGGUUCUUUUCCAGUAGAAUAGCUUGAAUUGUUGAUUUACAAGAACAUUAUGGCCACCGACGAAACAACGGAUCAGACUGAUCUGUCAUGUGUGGACGAUAACUUGAUGAGCUUGGAGAAAUUGGACCGAGCAUCACCUGACUUAUGGCCUGAACAAACGAGUGAUGAAGUUCCAGGUGUGCACGAGUUCGUCGCUCAAAAUUCACCGCAGACAGAGCAGUGUACCUGGGACGUGCAGCCUGAGGACAUGUCGCACUUGGCCCAGCUGGGUAAUUUGUCAAUGACCGGGCUUAUCUCGGAAGUGAAAAGACUGCACGAUUUAGCUUAUCAGCUGGGUCUAGAAGAGGCUAAGGAAAUGACGCGCGGCAAAUAUUUGAAUAUAUUUAAACAAAAAUAAUACAUUAUCUUCUGAGAAAAGUUGAGUGAGAAAAAAAUAGAAACUCGUGAAGAUGCAAAUAGUAUCUCGGUCGUUUGACACCACUCGUGGGUGUCUUUGAACUCGUGAGAACGGCUCGCGUUCUCUCGUGGCCUCAGUAAUUCUCUAAGAUCCACUUUGUGUACCUCUGUACGUUCACAAAUGCAGACGGGAAAACGGUGGUCGUCGAGUCACAGCUAGACCCAUAUGAUAGGAUUCCGACCUGACGAAAGCAAGCAAGCAAGCAAACAGAUAAAAAGAAAGUCAAACAUUACACACACACACGAUCGUGCGAGUCACGCUCGUCGUAGUGUACAUGUUUCGUGCUCGUGACUUACCAGGAAAUAUGUGUCCGCAUAUUUGUACAACAUAGGACUGCCGCUGUACCCGGAGCAGGGUUCGCAGCUUCCUGUGGCGCAUAAUUCGACGGACAAACCUUGGUUCAGGUAGUCCGAGCACUGCUGCUUAGGUACGAGUUUUAGCUGUAAUGACUGUUGCGUCGUUGGCUGCGCUACAACAGGGUCGCAGCAUAUGGACGUUAUACUAAACAUCUCCACACUUUUUUACGCUUAAUACAGUUUACGCUUCGGUAGUUUUGUUUCGAUCGGAUACGAUACCUUUCUGACCGGACAGUCUUCCCCAUCCGACGACAGUGCAUGUACUUCCCAAGCUAACGUAUCUGUCCUCCGGUAUGAAGCAUAUAGGUUGCGCUGUGGCUGAAGACCGGAUGUAUUGCAUAUUUCAUUGAGAGGUAACCAGAACAAGCUUCCCUCUUCUCCUCUCUAUUUCUCUCUCUCUCACUCCUUUCUUUCGAAGCGAACUGUCGUUCUUCGAGUGUACAUAUUAUGUAUUAAGGAACUUUGUACGUACCCGUGAAGUCGAUGGUCUUCUUUAGGCGAAGCAAGGCUACGUUGUUGGAGAAAGUCGCAGCGUCGUAGCCAGGAUGUUUGAUCACGUACGAUAUGUCGUGGCUACUGGUUUCGCGCCCGCAAAAUAACUCAUUGCAAUCCGGAUCAGACUCUGUAUUAUAUUCACCGACAAGCACAGAGCAUCUAAACACGAACGGAACGAAUUGCCGUAAUUGUUGCAUGCCAAAACUGAUCGACGCGAGACUGUUGUACAAUCGAAAAUCCAUAGCAACGAGAUCAUUCGUUAUAUACUGUUUUUCGACUGUUAUACCGUUAUGUACUUGUAUAUACGUACAAUUUGUAUCUCUCCGAUUUCGCGAGUGCGCAUGUAGCUGUAGUUAAUACUGUACGCUCACUAAUAAUCACGCCAUUGCACGAGUAUUUCGUUUCACCAGUUAACAUAUCUGAAAGCGAGUUUUUGGCUAAACGUUCUCAGGAAGCGCAUGUUUAACAAAGGCAGAUCUAGCCAGUGCUCUCGAGUAUUAACCAGAGACGAGGUUGAGUGUAAUUCGCUGUAUACACGGUGUCGCAGAAGCCACGCGUUUUCAGUGAUUGUGAUAAAAAAAUUCUUCAAAAAUUACAAAUCUCAGCCGAACAUCCAUGGCGAUUAAUUUGCGCAAGACUACUCGCCGUGGAACUCUCGAUGGAUGACGUCCGAAACGAAGAAAUGCAUACUCAGAAUUACUACAAAGUACGUCGAAAUAAAAAGAUAUAUUUCAAAAAUUAUACUUGCAACCGAUUAAACACACUUUUAAAAUACUUUCUUUUUGCUUUAAUAAUCAAUAAGUAAUUGUAAAAUUAACGUAGCGCGUAAUAUAUAUAUCUUAUGAUUCCGUCAUGUUAAUUUUAUAGUUAUUUAGCGAUUGCUAGAACAAAAGAAAAGUGUUUGGACUGUUUUACACAUCUGCUCGAUCGAUUGCAAGUGUCAUUUUAUGGAUACAUCUUUUAAUUUCUAAGAAUUUUGCAAGAAUUUUUGGAACGUGUAUUUCCUCAUUUCUCUGACAUCAAAGAUGGCUGCGGCAAAGAGUGCCGGUGUCUCAGAAAUUUUUAAAUCUCGAGGCAAACGUUCUUAGCGGAAAAACCAGUCAGUCCAUCAACGUUAAUCAUCAA